AUGUCGUUAGACCUUGCUAAGUGGGAGCUCCCUGGAGACAGCCCAAGCCAACAAGUGCCAGUAGCGCUCCUCCUAGCUGCGGCUUUUUUCGGGCUUCUUUUAGCUGUGUAUACCCACGCGUAUGUCUUCGCAACACCGAUCGCGACUCAAAUACCCAAUCCUAGGUUGAAUUCAUCACUCUCGCGCCAGCAUUUUAGAGGUCUUCCCAUCUUCGUUUUCCAUCGGCUGGCCAAGAUCUGUGUGGUAUCUAUGUUCCCUAUGAAGGACUUUAGUCCACUGAAGUACGGUUUUCUCAACUUAACAGUCGAAUUACUCCUUUCAUACCUGAGAGUAGCCAAUGUGCUCACAAUUCUGCGUCAACAUUCGAAGACCCUUCCUUACUCAUGUCGCAUUCCAACGUGGUCAAUGUGGUCGAAGGCCUUCACAUCAAUCUUACUGUAUAGCACCGCCUCAAGUGUAUGCUUUUAUCUGCCUAUCUACUUGAUCCAAUUGGCUGGUUCUUUAGAUGAGCGGCUGGGGGUCUCAGAAACGGUGCAGUUUAUCAGUCUUCUGGGCACUAUUAUGGUUCUUUACUUUGGAUUGGUUGUUCCGACAUAUGCAAUCUUCAUUCGAGUCGCUGCCUCUGCCCAAAGGGGUGAGUCGAUGACUAUCAGAGGCGCCUGGCAAGGGUUCUCGUGGUCAUCUCGGGUACACUUUUACCAAUUACUUGGCGUGGUUCUGUUCCUGGAAGCAGGUGUCACAGUCGUUAUAGUUUUGUCUGUGUUCGCUUUGUGUCAUCCUACUGUGCAUGAUGAUGUUUUUCAGCUUUUUGUUAGAUACUUUGGGUAG